AUGACCUUUGACACUGUUUUUCUGUUUCAGCAGUCAAUUCUAGCGAUUUCGACUACAAUAAUUAUUGUAUGUUCAUUGUCUCUUUAUUUUAAUGUCUUUCUCACUUCUCAUAUUAGCUCCUUUUUCUCUCAGCCUCUUUGUACUUAUCAUGUAUAUCCAAUUCUCUGUCUUUCUAUAUUCUCCCUUUCUCUGACUCUCUGUCUAUCUUCCCUUUGUCUGCUUCUCCUUGGCUAUAUCUUUCCGUCUCCUUUCUUCUAUCUGAAUUUUUUAUUUCACUUUUUCGAUGUGACUCUUUUUAUCUGUCUCCUUAAAAGGAGAUUGAUAAAGAAAAGAAAAAAAAUAUUCUUUAUAUCUUUGUCUCUCAAUCUAUAUCUCUUAUUCUGUCUCUAUUUCUUUCCAUAUCUCUAUAUCUCAGCUUUUAUCUAUCUAUCUGUCUAUCUAUCUAUCUAUCUAUCUAUCUAUCUAUCUAUCUAUCUAUCUAUCUAUCUAAAUCUUAUCUAUCUAUCUAUCUAUCUAUCUAAAUCUGUUCAUUAUCUAUCUAUCUAUCUAUCUAUCUAUGUAAUAAUUCUUUAUCUAAUUACUUAUUUUAGUAUCUAUCUAUCUAUCUAUCUAUCUAUCUAUCUUGGCGGAGAAAUGUUUAUGAUUUUUCUUUUUUCUUUCUUUGGUUUUCUUUUCAAUUUUCUUUCUUUCUGUCUUUUUCUUAUUAUUACUUUCCUUCUUUCUUUUUCUUCGUUUUAUUAUUUCCAAUCCCUUCUUUCUUUCUGUCUUUUUUCUUAUUUCCACUUCUUUCUUUCUUUCUUUCUUUCUUUCUUUCUUUCUUUCUUUCUUUCAUUCAUUUACUUAUUUCCAAUUCUUUCUUUCUUUUUUUUUAAAUUUCCUGUUUAUCUAUCUAUCUAUCUAUUGCUCUUUGUUCAUAUCUAUCUAUCUAUCUAUCUAUCUAUCUAUCUAUCUAUCUAUCUAUCUAUCUAUCUAAUGCUCUUUUUCAAAAUCUAUCUAUCUAUCUAUCUAUCUAUCUCUAUCUAUCUAUCUAUCUAUCAUUCUGACCUUCUAAAUAUCUUUAAAAUCUGUCUUUUUCUAUCUAUCUAUCUAUCUAUCUAUCUAUCUAUCUAUCUAUCUAUCUAUAGAUCAUAA